CGUGGGAGAGGCUUAGGUCAGGAAAGAGAAGGAGGAUGGUCACAGUAAAUAGAGCCGGGUAAAGCAUGAAGCUGUACUGCUUGUCCGGGCAUCCGACUUUACCAUGCAACGUGCUCAAGUUCAAAUCUACCACCAUCAUGCUAGACUGUGGGCUGGAUAUGACCUCCACACUCAACUUUCUCCCCCUGCCACUGGUCCAGAGCCCCAGGCUAUCCAAACUCCCAGGUUGGGUCUUAAAAGACGGAAGCACUUUCCUAGACAAGGAGCUGAAGGACUGUUCGGGUCACGCAUUUGUGGAUUCUGUUCCUGAGUUUUGUUUGCCAGAGAUGGAGCUAAUAGAUCUGUCUACCGUGGACGUGAUCCUGAUCUCCAACUACCACUGCAUGAUGGCUUUGCCCUACAUCACGGAACAUACCGGAUUCACGGGAACGGUGUAUGCUACAGAGCCGACUGUUCAGAUUGGCAGGCUUCUUAUGGAGGAGCUGGUGAAUUUUAUUGAACGGGUGCCAAAGGCUCAGUCUGCCUCCUUGUGGAAGAACAAGGAAGUGCAAAGGCUGCUGCCUGCCCCUUUAAAGGACGCUGUUGAAGUGGCAACGUGGAGGAGGUGCUACAGCAUGCAGGAAGUGAACUCGGCACUCAGCAAGAUCCAGCUGGUUGGGUACUCCCAGAAAAUAGAGCUUUUUGGUGCUGUGCAAGUGUCUCCUCUCAGUUCUGGAUAUGCACUCGGCAGUUCCAACUGGAUCAUCCAGUCACAUUAUGAGAAGGUGUCCUAUGUCUCGGGAUCCUCACUUCUUACUACGCAUCCACAGCCUAUGGAUCAAGCUUCUCUUAAAAACAGUGAUGUUCUUAUCCUGACUGGACUCACCCAGAUUCCCACCGCCAAUCCGGAUGGCAUGGUGGGGGAAUUCUGCAGUAACCUUGCUAUGACAGUUCGGAAUGGGGGAAAUGUCCUGGUUCCCUGCUACCCCUCUGGAGUGAUCUACGACCUUCUGGAAUGUCUGUACCAGUAUAUCGACACUGCGGGCCUCUCCAAUGUCCCCUUCUACUUCAUCUCCCCUGUCGCCAACAGCUCACUUGAAUUUUCCCAGAUCUUUGCUGAAUGGCUGUGUCUUAAUAAGCAGACAAAAGUGUACCUUCCUGAACCACCGUUUCCUCACGCUGAGCUCAUUCAGACGAACAAGUUGAAACAUUACCCCAGCAUACACGGAGACUUCAGCAACGACUUCAAGCAGCCUUGUGUGGUGUUCACGGGCCACCCUUCCCUUCGGUUUGGGGACGUGGUGCACUUCAUGGAACUGUGGGGGAAAUCCAGCCUCAACACGGUGAUAUUUACAGAGCCUGACUUCUCCUACCUGGAUGCACUGGGACCUUAUCAGCCACUGGCUAUGAAGUGUGUUUACUGUCCCAUAGACACCAGGUUGAAUUUCAUUCAGGUGUCCAAGUUACUCAAGGAAGUACAGCCUCUCCACGUGGUUUGCCCAGAGCAGUACACCCAACCCCCACCAACCCAGUCCCAUCGCACGGACUUGAUGAUCGAUUGCCUGCCCCCACCCAUGUCCUACCGCCGAGCUGAGGUGCUGACCCUUCCGUUCAAACGCCGCUACGAGAAGAUUGAAAUCACACCAGAGCUUGCGGAUUCGCUGGUGCCCACAGAGAUGAAGCCAGGCAUUUCCCUAGCAACCGUUACUGCUGUUUUGCAUACUAAAGACAACAAGCAUGUACUGCAGCUCCCUCCAAAGCCACCUCAGCCCCAGCCUGGCAAGAAGAGGAAGAGGGUGACAGAAGAUGUGCCAGAACUGAGAGCCGUCAAGCCUCUGCUCAGUGGCUCCAUUCCCGUGGACCAGUUGGUACAAACUCUGGAGAAGCACGGCUUUAGUGACGUCAAGGUAGAAGACACCCCAAAGGGACACAUCGUGCUGUUUCAAGACGUAGAAACGCUCAUCCGGAUUGAGGAGGAUUCGACCCACAUCAUGUGUGAAAGCGAUGAGGCACUGAGAGUCAAGCUGCAGGACCUGGUCCUCAAAUUUCUGCAGAAAUUCUAA